GUGAGGCGAAAACUUCGUGCAGUUCGCAGCGGUGUUCGCAGUGACUACGAAAACUUCGUGCAGUUCGCAGUGGUGUUCGCAGUGAGGCGAAAACUUCGUGCACUUCGCAGCGGUGAUGGUAAUGCGAUCACACCGAAGCCAUCGAAAGAGUUUCUACAGAUCAGACAAGCCAUUCAGGCGAGUCGUUUCAAUGUGCGCAGUGCAGACGAGGCGUGUAUUGUGGUGCCGGGAUUCGAUACGUUGAGCAUGCGACGUUUCCGAUCGGCGAAACACUUUCAGAUGGCGCUGGAAGCUGGCGAUAGGUACGAGAUUCCACGGUCGGAAUGCUCGUCGUCGUCGUCGUUUCGACGUGGAUUUGAUGUGGUGAUACCGUUUUGGCUGCCCCCAGAUCUGCUGGACGUGGAGAAGAUGUCGAGUCGUGGUGGUGCUGAGGUGGUGGCGGGUUUGGCGGGUAAAGGUGAUCUCCCCGGGCAAGUUUUCACGAUGCGGGAAUCGGGUGGAGUUUCGGGUGAAAGAUUGAACGGGCAGAACGAGAAGAGUCGUGCGACGGGUAGAAAUUCGGGCAAAUCGAAGGGAUAUAGAUUGGCAGUUGUGGUGAGUUAUGCGCCGGAAGAUGUAAGACGGGAACUGGAGAGUAAGUUGAGGCUAGAGGUUGAUGGAAAGGGUUCGGUGGCGAGGGAAAUCGAGAUUGUAUGGCUGGACAGGUGCGAAAAGGUGGAUUCUGCGAUUGAUUCUGGAAAAGUAGACGGUUCUGGAGUUGGAGUGGAAGAUGGGAAGAGAUCUAAGCGGAAAAUUUGUGAGAUACCCGCAGAUUUGGGAAGAAAUAAGGGUAAGGGCAAGGGUAAGUUGAGGGGAGUGGAUCCGAUGGAACGACGAGGAAGGGCAGAUGGUAAUCAUCACGAAGGAAGUGGACGUAUCUUGAAAUCUACUGAUGGAUCGGUUAAAAAUAACCAAUUCGAGAGUGCAGAAGCUUCAUGGUCGACACUGGAUUCAGCGUUACGGGUGAGUUGA